AUCGUGGCUGCAGCUUGAGUUGAAAACCCACUCUUUUUCUAAAUUUUGGUAAUCAUCACGUGAAAACUUUCGAAUUCUUUGAGAUUUCAGAGACAUUCCCAUUCAAUGAUGGCUACUUCUCAAACUCAAAAGAAUCUCAAAGGAACACCUACUGCUGGUAUUCAAGCUGAUCCCAAAGACUUGUCUAUUCCAUGCCUCUCACAGGACUCAUCCUAUCAUCUUAGUGAUGAUAAGUCGGCCGCAAGCCCACCCUCUCUGAGAUAUCUCUCAUCAAUGGCUUGUCCGAGAUCCACAUCCAAGCCUUCUCCCUGGCUGUCAGAGGUAUUACAUACACCCUUCUAUAUGAGAGGUGAUGCAAGAUGUGCCAGCAGUCCACCAUCUUUAAGAGUCCUGUCAUCAAUGGCUUAUUCCGCAUCAAGACCAACUGUUGAUGAAGCAACUAGUGCGAAGGGAACUUGGAGGCACUACUCCAGCUCUGAAUCAUCAGAUGCUACCACUACACACAAGAAAGAUGGUUGUCUGUCAAGCCCAUGCCACGCCUUUAGUGAUGAUGGAAAGGGAUGUGAGAAGAAAACUUCUGAUGUUGUCAAAGGAGUCCAUGCUAAGUUGAGACGAAAAUUGAAGGAAGGUAGGUAGCAUUUCCUUCAAUAGUGAAACUUGUAGGGUCUAGAUAUAAGGUGUGGUCUCCAUCUUUGGGUUCUGACUGUGUUUUCUUUCCAGAUGAUUUUAGGGCAUGAUACAUUAAAAUAACCAUUAUUUGUUAUCCUGAUGUUUUCUUUUCAUUAUAAGCCGCUUGCUCUUUGCAGGAAUGACCAAAGUCCAUUCAUUGAUUCAAACUAGUGUACAUGUAGCUUUUGUGAUAGACUUAUAUUUUAUUGUUAUAGGUCUUAAUGGUUGCUAUAUUUCUAAAAUUUUUACCCUUAAUUCAUACCUGCCAACCAUUCCGAUUUUGGCAGAAUUAUACUGAUUUUUCGACCACCAUUCCGAAUUCCGAAUUUUAAAACCAAAAUUCCGAUUUUUGGGUUAAUCAAUAUAGUGUUGAAAUUAUUGAAACGGCUGUAUAAUGCGACUAACGCAUGCACGGCUGUAAGAUGCGACUAACACAUAAACGACUGGAGCGCACGGCUACGCAAAUGCACUAGCUACACGAUAUACACAGAGAGUGACUUUAAACGGCGCGCGAACAGUGCGCAGUUCCAUUGCAAAUACAUGUGAAAAUUAACGAGCGUACAUGCAACGGCCGCACUUAGGGCG